CCUAAUUGCUCUUCUCCGCUUCAGUAUGACAGCUGUGUUUCGACUUUCGACUUACGAACGUUCGAGUCGCCAUCAACAAGGAGUGUAUAUAUAGUAGGAGGAUCAAGUCGCUGUCGUAGCGAGUAGGCCUUCGACGAUCCACAAGCUCAGCGGUACAGGACUUGCAUAGACGACGCGACAGCUGACAGAUAUGAUGGCAUCGUCAUCGUCGACAGCGACGGAGACAGUGGGGAUGGCAGAGAUGUACGACCAGUUAACGGUAACAUGGGAGGAUAUCCUGGGCAUGGAGUAUAUGCACCAUGGCUUCUAUAGCCCAGAUGUUCAAACUUCGACCUCCGACCUUCGAUCUGCUCAGAUUCGUAUGGUCGAAGAGUGCCUCCGGUUUGCCGGUGUUCCGGAUGAUUCGAUGAAGAAGCCAAAAAACAUAGUUGAUGUUGGGUGUGGAACGGGGGCCGACUCCAUACACCUAGCGAGGAAAUAUGGGGCCCAAUGCCAUGGCAUCAACUUGAGCCCUGUCCAAGUACAAAGGGCUCAAGCUUUAGCAGCUGCCCAAGGAUUAUCAGAUAAAGUGUCAUUCCUAGUUGCGGAUGCUAUGCAACAACCAUUUCCUGAUGGGCAGUUUGAUCUAGUUUGGUGCAUGGAGAGCGUGGAGCACAUGCCUGAUAGAAAGAAGUUUCUGAGUGAGUUGGUCCGGGUGGCAGCCCCUGGGGCCACUAUAAUAAUAACAACAUGGUGCCAUAGAGAUCUCUCCUCCCCAGAGGACUUGUUGAAGCCAGAAGAGGAGAAGCUAUUGGACAAGAUACAUGAUGCUUUUCAUAUACAAUCUUGGUGUUCAGCUGCUGAUUAUGUAAAACUACUUCAAUCCCUCUCAUUCCAGGAUAUCAAGGUAGUAGAUUGGUCGCAGUAUGUGACUCCAUUUUGGCCUGCUGUAAUCCGCUCUGCAUUAUCAUGGAAGAGAAUCAUCCCACUGCUUCGAAGUGGAUGGGAAAGCAUAAAGGGACUGUUCAACAUGCCAUUGGCAAGUGAGGGAUUCAAGAAGGAGGUCGUCAAAUAUGCCAUCAUUACUUGUAGAAAACCAGAGUGAAUUACCAAAAGGAUCUCUCUCUUCCUACCUGUGUGUUAUGCUGGCUUCUUGCUUUUGGUGGAUUAAAAUGUUUUCAUUUGAUUAGGGAUAGGUUUAUAAUUUCUAUCUUUUUAUUUUUGAAUCUUGUCUUUAACUUACUGGAACUUUCUCUAUGGUAAUUUAUGUCGAAGACAUGUUGUACUCA